AUGGGUGUGGACAUGGGGCAGACGUCUGGAGAGAUGGGAAUUUCAAUAGCAGCGUCGUCGAUGUUUCCAGGGUUUAAGUUUUCGCCGACGGACGAGGAGCUCGUAUCUUAUUACCUAAAAAAGAAGCUCGAAGGUUCUGACAAGUGCGUCGAAGUCAUUUCCGAGGUCGAAAUCUGUAAAUACGAGCCAUGGGACUUAGCAGGCAAAGCUGUUAUUGAGUCACCAAAUGAAUGGUUUUUCUUUUCUCCACGUGGAAGGAAGUACCCAAAUGGCUCACAGAGUAGAAGGGCUACUGCAUCUGGUUAUUGGAAAGCCACUGGGAAAGAACGUAAUGUGAAGUCUGGCUCAAAUCUUAUUGGCAGAAAGAGGACUUUGGUGUUCCACACUGGUCGUGCACCUAAAGGGGAGAGGACAGAAUGGAUAAUGCAUGAGUAUUGUAUGAGUGGAAAUUCUCAGGUGACAUAUCAAUAUUGACUUGAAAAAUUAGUUGAGUAUGGGGGGACUUUUCAUAUCAAUGAGUGUGCUACAAACUGUUGCAUUGUUAGAGUUUCAACUACACUCAAGCCAUAUCACUCUGAAUUAUGUUCCAACUUUUAUUAUUGACAUAUAUUUAGUUAUGCAACUUGCCAUCCUAUAUACCCACAAUUAUUGGUUGAUGGAUUGAGACAUAUUGUUUACCUCUUCUUUGUUUUUCUCUUUCAAAUGUUCAGCUUAAUUCUGGCUCUAUUUGGGCUGCAUAAUGUGAAUUAAAAGGAGGGCAAAUCGCUCCUGAAUAUCUAGUUUUUGUUGAUCCCCUUGAUCUUUGAAAUUAUAGUU